AUGCUUCAAGGCAACACUGAACCACGCAUGAGAGUUCCGGAUGACUGUAUGAUCGCGCUCUUCGUAGCUCAUGUGAGUAAGACCAAUAAACUGGUUAACAUUCACAGACAGAUUACCAGGACACGCACUCAGGAUGCGUGCUCAUGCACUGAGCAGCUGGCAAGUGCCUUCAAAUACAUGUUCAACCUCUCCGUGACCCAAUCCACAGAUGAUGCAAUCUUCAUUGCACUCCACACUGCCCUUUCCCACCUGAACAAAAGGAACACCUAUGUGAGAAUGCUGUUAAUUGACUACAGCUCAGCGUUCAACACCAUAGUGCCCUCCAAGUUCAUCAUUAAGCUUAGGAUCCUGGGACUGAACACCUCCCUCUGCAACUGUUUCCUGAGGGUGACGAGGUCACGACAGCGACCCUUCCCCCCUCAAGAGGCUGAAAAGAUUUGGCAUGGCCCCUCAAAGUUCUACAGCUGCACCAUUGAGAGCACCAUGACUGGCUUCAUCACCGCUUGGUAUGGCAACUGCUUGGCAUCUGACCGCAAGGCACUACAGAGGGUUGUGCGUAUGGCCCAGUACAUCACUGUGGCCAAGCUCCCUGCCAUCCAGGACCUCGACACUAGGCGGUAUCAGAGGAAGGCCCUGACAAGUCAGCCUGGGAACAAACAGCCAGCGCUACUGCACCGAUUCUUUCCUGAGGCAACCUGGCUAAUCUCGUUAUGUCACGUGUGCUCACCCUCUACCUCUCUCUCUCCCUCCCUCCCUCCCUCCCUCCCUCCCUCCCUCCCUCCCUCCACAGUGAAACUGUUUGAGGUGAUAGAGACUGAGAAAACGCUCUACCUGGUGAUGGAAUAUGCCAGUGGAGGGGAGGUCUUUGACUACCUCGUAGCUCACGGGAGGAUGAAGGAGAAGGAAGCCAGGGCAAAAUUUAGACAGAUUGUGUCAGCUGUGCAGUACUGCCAUCAGAAAAAGAUUGUACAUCGAGACCUGAAGGCUGAGAACUUACUCCUAGACGCUGACAUGAAUAUCAAGAUUGCCGACUUUGGCUUCAGUAACGAGUUCACAAUGGGCAGUAAGCUGGACACGUUCUGCGGCUCCCCUCCCUACGCCGCCCCAGAGCUGUUCCAGGGGAAGAAGUACGACGGGCCAGAGGUGGACGUCUGGAGCCUGGGGGUCAUCCUGUACACGCUGGUGUCAGGGUCGCUGCCCUUCGACGGGCAGAACCUCAAGGAGCUGAGAGAGCGUGUUGUAAGGGGUAAAUACCGUAUCCCUUUCUACAUGUCCACCGACUGUGAAAACCUCCUCAAGCGCUUCUUGGUGCUCAACCCAUCCAAGCGUGGUUCACUUGAGCAAAUCAUGAAGGACCGGUGGAUAAACGCAGGCCUAGAGGAGAAUGGACUGAAGCCAUUCAUGGAGCCAGAACAGGACAUCACAGACCAGAAGAGAAUAGACAUCAUGGUGGAGAUGGGCUACACUCAAGAGGAGGUCACUGAGUCUUUAACCAGGAUGAAGUACGAUGAGAUCACUGCCACCUACCUGCUACUGGGCAGGAAGUCCACAGAGUUGGAGGCUAGUGACUCCAGCUCUAGCAGUAACUUGUCUCUGGCCAAGGCACGGCCCGCCAGCGAGCACAACAACAACGGCCAGUCUUCUGCCCAUCUCAAGACCCAGCGGUCCAUCUCCAGCACCCAGAAACAGAGACGCUACAGCGACCAGGCCGGUCCGUCCAUCCCCUCGGUGGGCUACCCCAAGAGGAGCCAGACCACCUCGGCCGACAACGGCGACUACAAAGAGGAAGGGGGUGCUCAGACCCAGAAGUCUGGUUUGUCGGGUGGGCGCAGUGGCAGCGUUGCCCCUGCCAGUCCCCUACUAGGUAAUGCCAACAACCCCAACAAGGCCGACAUCCCCGACCACAAGAAAGGCUCCACCACACCCACCGCUAACUCAAUGUCAGGGGGCAUGACGAGGAGGAACACGUAUGUGUGUAGUGACAGGAAUGCCUCGGACUGCCACUCCACUGUCAUCCAGAAUGGAAAAGAGAACAGCCUCUCUGCCUACUCCAAGGCCCUCACCUCCUCCUCGGCCUCAGUCCACCUGUGCCACCAGAAGGCCCUGUCGGCUUCGGGCCACACAUGCCGCCAAACGCUGCCACCUACCGACGGCGUUGACUUCAGGCCUAACACAACAUCGACUUCCAGUCAACGGAACCCUGGCAGCGCCACGCCCCCCGACCGGGUUCACUUCCCCCGUGGCACGGCCAGCCGCAGCACCUUCCACGGCGGCCAGCUGCGGGAGCGCCGCACUGCCACCUACAACGGCCCGCCUGCUUCGCCCACGCUCUCGCAUGACGCCACACCCCUCUCGCAGUCCCGCAGCCGCGGCUCCUCCAACCUCUUCACCAAGCUCACCUCCAAGCUCACACGCAGAGGCCCUGCAGAGUUUGAGAGAAACGGGAGGUUGGAGGGUUCAAGUCGCAACAUGUCAGGUGAUCAGGAGGACCAGCAGCAGCCUCAGCCCCCCCACGGCCAACACCCCAAGGACACCAAGCCGCGCUCCCUCCGCUUCACCUGGAGCAUGAAGACCACGUCGUCCAUGGAGCCCCACGACAUGAUGCGUGAGAUCCGCAAGGUGCUGGACGCCAACAACUGCGACUACGAGCAGCGCGAGCGCUUCCUGCUGCUGUGCGUGCACGGUGACGGCCACGCCGAGAGCCUGGUUCAGUGGGAGAUGGAAGUGUGCAAGCUGCCGCGACUCUCACUCAACGGUGUGCGCUUCAAGAGGAUCUCGGGCACAUCCAUCGCCUUUAAGAACAUUGCGUCCAAAAUUGCCAACGAGCUCAAGUUGUAGGGCCUGCUAAAGAUAUGAGGGUGGGGGAGUGUUGAGCGAGCAGGUAUUGGGAUUUGAAAUAGACUAAAGCAGGGAUAUUCAACUCUGACCCUGUGAGGUUCGGAGGCUGCUGGUUUUCUGUUCUACCUGAUGAUAAAUAAUUCCACCCACCUGGUGUCCCAGGUCUAAAUCAGUCCCUGAUUAGAGGGUACAAUGAAAACAUGGCUUUGAGGUCCAGAGUUGUAUUUGAUGGGACCUAAGUAGGUUGCGUAACGUGGGGAAAGAAAGAGCUUCAAAAUGGACUCUGAACGAGCUGUACAGCCGUUAUAAAAGACUGAAGUAGCAAAUUCACAACGGUUUUCCUCCAAGACAAAGUAGGUAUUGAAAACUGCUUUUGGCAAUAAUUCCCUGCGUCUUUGGAGCAUUAUUAUCGUUGAUGAUGUGAAAGGUGGUCCUGAUCUGUCGGGGACGUUGGUCUGACAUUGACAUUUGGUUGUCUUGUUUUUAUCAUCCUGUAGGUUUUUGCUACAACCCUAAUAAUUGGCUGGGUGAUAAGCUACAUCAGGUUAGUUACAACUGUGGUUGGAUUGAAAACCUACUGGAAGGUAGCUCUCCAGGAACAGGGUUGGAGAGCCCAUGUCUGGAAGAUGCCUCCCCAUUAGGAGUUUAAACUCUCAUACAAGGGAGGGAGUGGAGGAAGAACAUUAAAAAUGGACCCCUUCCCCCUCUUAUAGAGUACCCAGAAUUCCUCUUGCCAAGAGAAUAUGGCUGCCAGAUAUGAGUGGUUGGAUAGCCUAGCUAAUUGCACAAGUAGUUAUGGUAUUACUGUCAAAUACUGUUGAUUUUGGCAGUCGUUUGCACCCUCUCCCCUUACUUAGCCAGCUUCUACACACUUGCACACUUUCAUUCUAUGAUUUGAACCGGUUGUUCAUUAGUGUUUAUCCAUGUGAUAACAGCAUAAAUGCAAUGUGUGGACCCAGAAAAGCCUCUGCUGUACGGGGCCUGGGGGAUGACACACUUCAGCUGAUCCACGCUUUAAAAUGGGGGAUUGUUGCAAAGUAUCAUGGGAUUGUGUCACUCGCUACAAAAAAAGAGACUUCGGGGAAGAUUUUCCUUCCUGGCAUAUCUGAAUUAUAUAUUUUGUUCCUUUGUUAACAUAAUUGUUUCAACGGUUCUCUUCUCAGAUAUUACUGAAAUGCCCCCUUCUAUCUUGUCCUACCCACCUGGGCCAGUUCCGAUGCGGUCGGCCAUCCCUGGAACAGAUCGAAGAUCAACUAUGGCCAUAUUCAGGCCUUCAGUAUUCACUUCCACCCUCCUAAAAAUGCUGCCACUGUUUUUUUUUUGGGGGGGGGGGAUGUAAAUAAUAUACGUUAGUUUUGCAACAGCUGCAUAUUGAUAUACUUGUUUUUUUAUUGAGCCUGGAGCUGUGGAAUUAGUGUUAACUCAGUCAUCACCGAGUAGGUUUAACACGUGUCUAUUAAAAUACCUUCAGUGACGA